AUGUCUCAAACUUUUAUGUUAGAACCAGAUAUAAUAGCGGCUACAGAAAAUGUUAUGCCUGAUCUCAAUAACGAUUUGGUACUUGCUAAAAAUUUCUUAAAACAACAAUCUGGCGCUACUGGUGAUACAUUGUAUGACCACUUGGUGGAUGUUGUACACAAGAUUUUAUCACAAAAGCCUCCUGAUGUUGUUGAUAAUUUUGAACAGUAUUCAUGGCAGGUCAAGCAAGAAAAGUUUCGCCCUAAUUUCGAUUUAUUAAACGAUAUCUAUCUUGCGCCACCGCAGCUUGCUCUCAUUAGACGUAUGGAUGAAAUGUUUCGGUUGUUAGCAAGCAAGAAUCAGAAAAUGGAAGAUGUGGGCGAAGAAGAACAGGAGCUAGAUUUAGAAGAAGAGUCAAUGAGACCUAGGAUUGCUGAUAUCAUUGAACACAAUUACUACUUUCGUGAGUGUGGUUACGGCCUCUCUGAACAGGAAUGCUAUGCAGUAUAUGUGGCUCUUAAUAUGCUGGGUAUUAAAGAACCGGUAGCUACUGUAAGAUUUUUCGGAAAGAUUUUUGGAACCAAGGCAAACUACUACGUAGCGGAAGCAGAUUUGACUAUAGAAGAAUUGGACAGACGCAUUAGAGAGUUUGAAAUGAAAGAUAUGCCUGGUGAAGGAGAAGGCGGCGAAGAGGAUCGUCCACAAGAAAUGAAAGAACAAAAGGAAAUGAUGGGUGAAGGUGAAGGUAAAGAGGAAAAGCCCAAAGAACCAGUGCCUCCUAAAUUGCCCCCAAUCCCUGUGUCCACAUGGCAGCCUCCCUCUCCCAUUCCUGUCGAGAGACCCGGCCAAGGUGUUAAUAAAAAGGUUUACUAUGUCUGCAAUCAACCAGGAGAACCCUGGGUUUGUCUUCCUGAUGUCACGCCAAAUCAGAUCCGAGUGGCAAGACUGUGGGUGCGCUGUAUGACUGGCGACCUAGAUGCAGAGGUUAUCACCUUCCCGCCAUUCGAAGGCAUGGAGCGCAACUACCUCCGCGCUCAGAUUGCUCGCAUCCAAGCCGCCACUUCCGUUUCACCGCAGGGCUUCUACACGUUUGGAUCAGGAGAGGAGGAGGAAGACAUUGACUUGGAGGAGGGAGCGGGAGACUUGGCCUUCAAUCCAAACCCUUUCUAUCAAGGUCACACUCUUAAAGAUCUUGUGGAUUCAAAUUUGACUUAUUGGGUUCACCACGGAAGACAUAUUCUCAAGCAAGGAAGAACUAUAUGGUGGAAUCCGAAUGCGGGAAUGGACGAAGCUAUUGAAGAGGAAGAAGAUGAAGGUAUACCUCCAAUAGAACCAGAAACCGGUCCCUCCCUAUUUUCCCCACUUUCUGAGGACAGUCGACUUGAAGGUCAGAAUGCGUGGACAGCUCGCAUCAGCUCGACCUUAGUACCGGACAGAGCUGUGGCUAUUUUAAGGAGCAACGUGUGGCCGGGUGCCGUCGCUUAUUCUACAACUGGGAAGAAGUCGGAAUGUUUAUACGUUGGGUGGGGUUUGAAGAACCAGCCUCCAAACUUCAGUCCACUACAGCUGCCUCGACCGCAGGAAGAGUAUGUGAUCGGCCCUGAGGUCAUGGAGAUGGCGGACCCCACGUUCGCAGACGAGGAGGCAUAUCGCAUCGCCUACCUACCCCCACCACCCCCUGUGAUGCACGGGGAGGGAGAAGGAGAAGACUUGCCAGAAGAAGAAGAGGAAGAAGAUGAAGAAUAGACUUGAAUAUAUCGUUUUAUAAAUAAACGUGUCACAAAUA